GGUUUCUGACGCGACGUACUACGGUUUACUUCUAGUUUACAGUCCGACCACUAACCUCCAUGCGAGUGGGGCAAACAUGUUCAAUAAAAAGCCCCGCAGGAACUUUCGGCGGAGAAAGGAGAACUCCAGUGAAGAGGAGGAGGAGCAGAAGAACAACGGGGAUGGAGAGGACAAUCAGAAAGCUCCCAUUGUGGUAAAUAAGCCGUUGAAUCUGGCCCAGGGCCGCGGGAUCUCCUGCAGCUCCAAGCGGGAAGCGACGCCUCCUGAGCCGGAUAGCAGCGACGGGGAAGACGGUGAGAGUGACAGGAGGCUGGGAGUGACAGAAGAAAUAGAGGAGAGGAAGAAAGACGGGACUAAGAAAAAAACAAACAUCCUCAGUUUCUCUGACGACAAAGAAGCUGAGGGGCCAACGUUUAAGCUGAAGAAGUCUUCUGAAAAAGCUGUGCUGUUCCAAGUUAGGAGGAAGGAGGCUUCACCUGCCAAGACGACCCACAGCACAGCCCCAGCAGGUGGAGGUGUCCCACCAUCUGGUUCUCUCAGGCAAGAUUAUGACACUCAGGCUUCACCACGUAAUGAUGACGAUGAUGAUGACGACGACGACGAUGAUGAUGAUGAUGAUGAUGAUGACAGUGACAGUGAUGAAGGUGGUGUCAGGUCUCCCUCAAUCAGCUCAGCCUCAGACUCCAGCCGCUCUGCUACUAAACCAGUAAUUAUCCCCAAUGCUGAAGAGAUCCGGGCAGCCAGGAGGCAGCGUCGCACCACUCGAGCCCAGAAAGAGUUCAUUUCCCUGGGUAGAGAUGGCCAGAGUUCCGCUGGUAGCACCCCGGAUCAUUACAGCAGAGACGACGACGAAGACAGAGUUGAUGAUGACGAUGAUGAGCCAGAUGAUCAUGAGAGAAGAAUCGAGUUCGCCCCACGAUUGAAGAGCAUAAGGGAGAGGAUUGCUGAGAAACUUGGAGGAAGUGAUGGCAGUCUCUCAGGGACUGAUGGAGAAGAGCAGGAACUUUGGGAGGAGACACAAAUUGAGAAGGGAGUCAAGAGACGACCAGGAGAACAGAGCCCAUCUGGCAGUGAAUCCAGCCGCUACAGCAGCAGCAGUAGCAGCCGGCGAGACAGGCGAAGACAAAAGAAGAGACCAGCAGGGGGCAGAAUCCCAAAGACUCUUUCUCCCAUCAGUGUCUCAAUGGUUAAGAAGAGAAUCAUUGGAAAACUAGACUCCAUGAAGGAGGUGCACAGAGCACGGCAGGCAGAGCUGAGGAGGAUGGAGGGCGAUGUUGAGUGCGCUAAAACCUCUGUGGAAAGUCUGGAGGAGGCUUCCUCAGAGAGUCAGCUGAAGUUUUACAGGGCCAUGACCCUCUAUGUCCACAACCUGGUGGAGUGUCUACGGGAGAAGGUUGUUGAGAUCAACUCACUGGAACUGGAGUUGCACGUUCUGCUGUCUGACCAGAUGGAGGCGCUGUUGGCACAGAGGCGACAGAGAAUCAAGGAGCAGGCUGACCGUCUGCAGCAGCUCAGCUAUAACACAGAUGAGCAGAGCGGAAACACAGCCAGUGGAACAGAAACUCAAGGCGAGGGAGACACUGGUGUUAAAGCUGAGGAUGUUGUCGGUAUACCUGAAGACACAGAGCUCACAGCAGAAGAGGAGGAGCAGCUGCAGAAGAAGACAGCUGAUAUCCUGUUGAGGUCCCAGGCAGUGUUUUCUGACGUCCAGGACGAGUUCUCCAACGUUAAGGAGAUUCUGUCCCGGUUUGCAGAAUGGAGAGGAUCUUACUCUGACUCUUAUCACAGUGCCUACAUCUCUCUAUGUCUGCCCAAGUUGUUGAACCCCAUCAUAAGACAUCAGCUACUGCCGUGGAACCCACUAAAGGAUAAUAGUGGGGAGUUUGAAAACCACCCAUGGUUCACAGCAGUGGAGACCUUUUGUCACGGUCAUGGCCAUGAGGAGCUAGAACACACAGACAGACAGACACUGUCCAAUGUCAUAGAAAAGACUGUCCUACCCAAAAUAACAGCCUAUGUGGAGUUGGUGUGGGAUCCCGUGUCUCGCCAUCAGUGCGUCUGUCUAUCGGACAUAUGUCACAGACUGAAGGAGGACUAUUCCAUCUUUCAAGGGGAGCAGACUAAACCGGUCAAGGCAUUCAUAGAGUCUGUGAUCAACCGACUGAGGAGCUGUGUGGAUGAAGAUGUCUUCAUCCCUCUGUACCCCAAAAAGUUCCUAGAAGACCAGUCAUCGCCUCAGUGUCGCUUCAGGGAUGAACAGUUCUGGACGGCCAUAAAACUACUAGGUAACAUGGGAAAAUGGGAUAUGCUGCUUCCUGAGUCUGUAUUGAAGGAACUGAUGUUGGACAAACUGCUGAACCGAUACCUGAUGAUCACCCUGUGCAGUCAGACUCUGCACAACAAUGCUGUCCAUGCAUGCAGAAAGAUAGCAGAUAGUCUGCCACUAUCUUGGCUCAAAGGAGAGACUGUCUGUUUGCCUCAGCUCCAGAAUUUCAGAAACUACCUAGUUCAGAGAGUUCAUACCAUUUGCAAACAGCAGCCUUCUGAAGAUCCAAACACAAGGAUUGCUGUGGUUGAAGUGCUGCAGAUUUUGAGCAGAAUCAGGUGCAAUGACUCCAUCAUGGCUAUAGCAGAGAAAUACCACUAUGAAUAUGUCAUCUACUCUCACCAACUGCUGAACCAAGAGGCAGUAUGAAGAACAGAUGUUGGAUCAAACAGUACACUGCCAUUUUGAAAAAAAUUGCACAGUACAGCAGGAGAGGAAUAAGACAAUAAUUCACCUUCAUGCUGUUUAUAGUCAUGAACAUUUUGCUGUCCAUUUUUGUGCAGGACAUACCUGUAUUUUUAUGAAUAAAUAUUUGAAUUUUGUUAAUAUA